UUUGACAUUAUUUCUGUCGAAUCUCGUAUGAGUAUCGUUAUACAUCCGAAUGUGAAAUUUUAUCAUCGAUGCAAAAGUAUCAUAUCAAUUAAUCCUCCAUCGAAAAUCUUUCGAUCUGUUUUCUCUACCGAAUCAUUCGAAUCGGUUUUUCUACCCAAGAUUCAACCAAGAGGAGAUCCCAAAGAGGAUUCGUUACGUAACGAGAGAGAGAGAGAGAGAGAGAAAGACAGGCGAUAACACGAAGCGAUAACACAAAGUUCAAACACGCGAGAAGGCGUGCUUGUAUCCACCGUGGCCGCGGAGUGGAGGAGCAAAACCCGUGCCGCGGCCCCUUCAACCGCGAAUAAUGCUGCCGUCCUUCCAGAAAAACUCGCUCCUCGACCCGCUUCUCCCAGGAGAGGACUGAGCGGUGGUCGUUGGCCACCGCGAAACGGCUGAUUUCAGCUGGUAAUUCCGAGAAAUGAGGGGCUUGUGGCCGGUGAUGCUGAUUCUGGCAAGGAUCCUCGAGCCGCUCCUCGGGGACGACGGGUGUCACCGUAACGACACCGACCACGCCAUCCCUUGUCAAAGAUCGCGGGAGGAGUUGGUGCUGUCCAGGCGGAGGCGUCUCGCUUUUCCACAGGGCAGCACGUUCGUGGUAACGGCGUCCAUCUUGCAACCGAUUCCCGUUAAAUUGCCCAGUAAUUGGAAUCUGGUGUUCGAGUUCGACGUGAUCUGGCCUAUACCGACCACAGAGGAUUACAAGAGGAAGAAGUACAAGAAGUACAAGAGGAGACAGUGGAUGGUGAAACGACGCCAUCGGCGAGAGUUGUACGCCACGUUUGAGACGGCGUUGAACAGGUAUAAACAGCCAAAACUUGCCGGGAAGAGAGUGCACGUUGAGAACGAUCUGCGAGGCGAGAACUUUGUUGAGUCCACCUGGCGAUUCCUUCGUGGAGGAUGCCCUUCGAUUGAUAUUAAGCAACGUCGACAACGUGAGACGAGUCGAUUCCUACGAUGUCGCUUACAGAACCGAGACGCCGUGCGAAGUUGCUUACCCAUGCCCCGUUUCUCUCUUAAAGCUGCUACUAUCUCAUUUGUACCAUUCUAACGAUCUAGGUUGAGAAUAAAGAGUUUUCUUGUCGAUAAAGGAUUCGUGUUAAAAUCGGAUGAUUCGAUGAUUCGAGUGACAAGAGUGAGAGUGUGACUAGUCGUUCGAAGUUUACUUGUAUAUAUUUUAAUAAAUCUAAUCCUAAUCGUUAUUCGAAGCGAAAUGCAUUACAUGAAGAAAUGAUUCGAAAUGAAUUUCGAGAGAAUUCAUGGACGAAACAAUAAAAC